UUAAUACCUCCUCAUUCGAAUCCUCUCGCCUUUAAAUGCUGAAAUGAAAACUGCAGGAUCGCGCAUUUUACGAUAAAUCUAUUCAAGAUCGUAGAGGAAUUCGAGAUUAUAUCGAAAAAUCGAUAAAUCGCGUUUACAAAGAGUAAUCUAUUCAGAUUCACGUGGCUUGAUUCGCGUAGUUCUCGUGUUGUGCGGUAUGCUUGAAACUUUUCUUUCCCUGUGAGUAUUGUUAUCUCAACAUUAAGUCGUGAAACGAGCUUCUAAAAUAUAGUUGUUACGUAUAAAUAGUGCAUUGGUAGCGUGUAUCGUGAAAUAUUAGCUUACGGUUACCAAUACGGAUUCGAAAUUAUAAUAUGUUUCGAAGACUAUGGAGAAUAUGAAGUAGAAGUGCGAAAUAACCAGCCGGCGAAAUCGAUGUAAUUUAUGACGAAGGCCUUGUGUUUCAACGUACCAGGGACGAGCACAGACGGUUAAAGUGUUUUGUACAAAAUAUUACACAAUGGAGGCCCACGAGAAUGAGCAGUAUGUUACAUUUCCCCUUUCCGGGGUACACGAUGGUAUACAGGAUAACAUUAUAUCUCACGAAGAGAUAUGCGAACCUGUCGACGAGUGUGUCCUUCAGGAAGGACUUACCGAAGUGUCUGUUACGGAUGUGAAUGCUGGUAUCACAGAGGCGCAAGUCGCCGUUGAAAUUUUAGCAGAACACUCGGACGACGAUGAUGAAAAUCGUGUGGUAUACCCUAUAUAUAUUAAGCAAGAAGAGCAACAGCAAUAUACGUCGGGGGACGACGAGUCUAUGGCUGUGGAGGCAUUACGGCAACUUGGUGGAAUGUAUCCUUGCUUCGAGGAUAAAAAAGUAUCUUGUCCUAAUUGCACAAAUCUUUUUUCACAGACUGAGAUGGCCAAGCAUCAUACCGCGUGUACAGCUAACAAAUUGUCCUGCAUGACUUGCGGGGAAACGUUCGAAAGGAAAAUGGACUUGAAUAAUCACAUGGUUUGCCACCAGGUGGAUAGACCGCACGCGUGCAGGACUUGCGGCAACUUAUUUCGUUCCAAGAGCAGCUUAAGAUGUCAUAUGUUGGAAGUGCAUCAAGUGGAAAGGCCUCACAAAUGUACGAUAUGCGGAGCAGACUUCCAGAGGCCUUCCAGUUUGUCUAAUCACAUGAAAAUCCAUACUUAUGUCGCCGGUCGUGCCAUCAUGCAGUCGCAGGGUAGCAAUGUAUCCCAGGCCGAGGAAACGUUUAGGAAAUGGCCCGAAGAUAUGACGGAGGCCCAUAAUGAUCAAGUGCCAUCCGCUUCCAUACAAACCGUACAAACCUACGACACUGUCCAAUGGACGGUUCCGUCGUAUAAUUUUCAUAACGAACAGUCGUCGGUCAAUGCGAUAUCCAAUCCUCAAGAAAAGAUAGAUACGCUUCAUGAAUUUACUGUAAUGCCAAACGGAGAAGUAGCACAAUUCGAGUAUACGCAACAGAGUAAUCUGAAUAAUCAAGUUGGUCAACAGUAUAAUCUUUCGCUGAACUCUUUCAAUAACACGGACGCGAUGGUGAAGGUGGAAACGUUAUCGUACAAUAGUGAGAACAGGCGAAAUUAUUCGGAAAUCGAAACGAACGGUACGAAGCAACACACGUGCAGGCAUUGUGGUAUCAGUUUCUCCCGAGCAACGGCACUGGUUUCUCAUGAGAAAAUCCACGCGUCCAAGAAUUGGAAUAUGCCUAUCGAAUGCGAAUACUGUGAUAAACAGUUCCAAGAUGGCAAUCACUUGGCUAACCAUCAAACGACUUGCGCGAAAAAGAUGAUGCAGAACAACAUAGAGCAAGGUACGCCUAACAAUAAGUGGGGCAAGCACGCGUGUUCCGAAUGCGGCAAGAAGUUCACUACUAAACAGAAGAUGUUUAGACACCAAUGGAUUCACAGAAAGAAGACGCAUUCCUGCGAGGUGUGUGGCUCCCAGUUCGAGAAACAAAAUCAAUUGGAUGAACACAGAUUGUCCGCGCAUCCCGGCGAUUCUCCGUUUACCUGUCCAGAGUGUGGCAAAAGUUUUGUGUCCCGUCAGGGACUUUGGGAGCAUGGCAGAACUCAUGCCGGGAGCCCUGCACAUUUUCAUUGCGAUACAUGCUCCAAAACAUUUUCAUCUAGACAGGGGUACUUAAUUCACCAUAGGACACACACCGGUGAAAGACCGUACGGCUGUAAAUUCUGCUGGAAAGCAUUCAGGGACGGCGGUACUCUGAGGAAACAUGAACGCAUUCACACGGGAGAGAGACCGCACGUUUGUCCCCUAUGUUCGAGAGCAUUUAAUCAAAAGGUGGUUCUAAGGGAACAUGUUCGUUGGGUUCACGCGGCAGGGAAAAACGAAACUGAAGUAACCGGACCCCCGUUCCCUUGUCCCAUCUGCGGCGCAUUGAAUCAAGACCGCGAUGAACUGUGCGCCCACAUUGUCAAGCAUUCUGAUCAAAUGAUAGCGGAGGCUAAAGCCAAAACAAACAACAAUGCUCCGAAACCGAAGCCAACCAAGAAGAAAUCAAAAGCAUCCUCCGCUACGAUACAAGGGAAGCAAGCAGCUGGAAAUCGAAUGAUCUCCAAGGCCGAACAGAACGAAGCGCUUCUGUCUAUCACGGAAGCAGAUAAGCCGGAUGAGCAGCAGCCAAUGUUAAACGAUAAGCAAAAUAGUACCUUCCUUGUAGUCACUACGGACAAGCGUAAUGAAAAUUAUAUUGCAAUAUCGGAACUCAAGCCUGAUAGCGUACAAUUGAUGGUGGACGAGAAGCCAAACGAUAAUAUGCACAUUUCGCAGACUGAUCAUAGUCAUAGGGAGUCUUUAAAUAUGAUUGCUAUAGAUAAACAGAAUAAUGCGACCCAUAUAGUCUCUGCCGAAUCGGAGCGAAGUGCACUUCAUCCUACAACCAGCCAUAAUGAAAUAACAACAAUGCAUUUAAUACAAACGUCGAAACAAAGCAAUACCUUGCACUUAAUAUCAAAACAGAACGAAUCGUUGCCGGUGCUAACAUUACCAAAUCCUCAGGGUCAUGAAAACUUUUCCAGUCGAAUUGCACAAAUAAGUAAUAAUGAUUUACCAAUGGAUAUGGUAACUCAUCAUUCGGUUAGGGAAGGUCAAAGUAUGAAAGACCCCAAUGAAAUUGGGCAGGAUACAUUAAUGCAGGAGGGUGGUUCUCAAACAGCUGUAAUUCAGGUUGUACAGUAUCAUCAACACGAAAGCGAUGAUGGAGAGGAAUUGGUCUGUGGUAUCUGUGGCGAAGAUUUUAACGACAAAAACGUGUUGAUGGAACACGUUAAGAUUCACAUAUAAUUAUUGUUAUUGUUUUGCUGUCCAAGUUUGUGAUAUUCUUGUGCUAUUAUAACUACUACGACUGCAUAGAAAACAAUGGAACUAUGAACAUUUACUAGCGUUAGGAGGAACAAAUGCGGAACAUUAUUAUAUAUUUAAGCAUCGUUUACAAUAGGAGUAUAGAGCAGCACCAGUUUUCUAUGUGUCUUAAGAACGCACUGAUAUUAAAACACAGGGAAUUUACGAUUAUAUUUAUACAUUUUUAAUUGAUUCGUUUUUCCGUUUCACGAUUCCCUAAAAUGCUUUUGCACAUUUAGGUCGUACACUAUACAUGUGGUUAAAUGUGAGAUGUACAUGUACUGAAAUAAAAUCGGAUAGAUGAAUAUUUAUAUAUUAUAUGGAACACGCAUUAACGGUUAUGGUAUCGAAAAAGAUAAGGAAAGGAAACAUAUCGUAAAAGAGAACAGAAAAAUAAUCCCAGGUUUAUGUACUUCUGCUUAUAGCAGUUUUAUAAACUAUUUGGUCCUUUGGAUUUGUGUAUCGUUCAACGAUACGUAAAUUGUGAAUAAUCCAAAUGCCACUUACAAUGUAGAGCAUAAGGUGCAAUAAGAAAAUAAAGUGCAUUUUAUUUUCUA